ACACCCACACCCACACCCACACCCACACCCACACCACUACUCCACACUUUAAUGUCACUCAUCCUUCCCAACCCCCACCCACCCUCCCUUCCAUUUCACAAUAACUAAACUCCCACAAUGAACUACUGGUUGUUAUUGCUGUUACCUUUAUUCUCAUUCCUGCCCCUCCUGCCCGCAUUGCCCAACACAGACCCCGUACAGUCUUUCCACCCAAACCCCACACCACCAGCCACCACUAUCCCCGCCUUUCCCGAACAGUCGGAAGACUCAGGAUGCCCUUUAGAUCUCCCCAACGACCUCUUCAAAAACGUCAAAUCGGCUUGCACUGGGAAACACGCCUCCGGUCAGCUUAGACGCUCAAGGUGCUGCCCGGUCCUCGCCGCCUGGCUAUACUCCGCCUACUCCGCAACCGCACUGGGCAAGACGAUCAAACAACCGCAGCAAACGGCGUCGUACUACGACCUCCCUCUCCUCCCCAACGACUCCGAGACGUGCAUUGACAGCCUGGAGAACCGACUAAAGAGUAACGGAAUAGAGUUGACCAGAGUUAACGAGUCCUGCGACGUCGUUUACUGCGAAUGCGGCAUCCGAUUGCACCAGUUGUCCUGUCCGGAAGCGUUUUCGGUGAAUUCCGGCGGAGAUUUGGUCGGAAAUCAUGUGGUGCAGAGGUUGGAGAAGGAUUGCUUGAAUAAUGUGGCGGUUAAUGGGUUUCCGGGUCUUGAUGGAUGCUCCAAAUGCUUGAAGACUCUUCAUUUGCUUAACAAGGGUGACACAAACAAAUCAGAGGAGAGAAGCAGUAAAAUGCACAACGAGGAUUGCGAGCUGAUGGGUCUGACCUGGCUUCUGGCGAAGAACAGGUCAACGUAUAUACGCACAGUUUCUGCUGUUCUGAGAGCCACAAUGAUGAACACAGAUGGUGAUUCCAUUCCUGAGUCAUGCACACUCAACAGUGAUGGAAUGCCAUUAGCCGUUGAUUCCUAUGAAAUCAACGGUUCUCCUUCAUUAUCCACUCUGUUCCUUUCAUCUCUCACCGUCUCUUUAGCUUUACCGUUGCUUUACGUCUCCAGUCACCAACUGUUUUAUAGCAUGUAGGCUGCAAUGGGGAUCUUGUGUUCAGUUCUAUGUAUUUGUUGUUAGGUUUGUUCAUGGAAAUGUAAUUCUGUUUAAAUUUGUUAAAUAUUAUAUUUUCUUAAAAUACAAGUUUGGUCUGAGAAAUUUUAUAUAAA